UCGCCCCCGGCCCGCGCCCCAGCCCCGGGGCCGGACGCCCCCCCAGGCCGCGCACACUCACCUAGGACCCGGCCGGGAUGCCGAGCUCUGUCGAAGAUGCACUGGACACCGGAACACGCCCAGCCCCUCAACCAGUGGCCAGAGCAGCACCUGGACGUCUCCUCCACCACCCCGUCGCCGGCCCACAAGUUGGAGCUGCCCCCCGGGGGUCGCCAGCGCUGCCACUAUGCUUGGGCACACGACGACAUCUCUGCCCUCACUGCCUCCAACCUCCUCAAGCGCUACGCCGAGAAGUACUCGGGGGUCCUGGACUCGCCUUACGAGCGCCCCACCCUGGGCGGCUACGGCGACGCCGCCUUCCUCAACGGCGCCAAGGGGGACCCCGAGCCCUGGCCGGGGCCGGAGACCCCCUACCCCUUGGCCUCGCUCCACGAGGGCCUCCCGGGAACCAAGUCGGGCACUGGGGGCGGCUCCGGGGGCCUCGGGGGUUCCCCGGUUUUAGCCGGUAACCUGCCUGAACCCCUCUACGCCGGCAACGCGUGCGGGGGCCCGUCGGCGGCGCCCGAGUACGCGGCGGGCUACGGCGGGGGAUACCUGGCGCCCGGUUACUGUACGCAGACCGGCGCCGCGCUGCCCCCGCCGCCCCCGGCCGCGCUCCUGCAGCCCCCGCCCCCGCCGGGCUACGGCCCCUCUGGGCCUCUGUACAACUACCCAGCGGGUGGCUACGCCGCGCAGCCGGGCUAUGGGACCCUCCCACCGCCGCCCGCCCCGCCCCCAGCCCCCUACCUAACCUCGGGCUUGGCGGCGCCCACGCCCCUGCCCACGCCCGCCCCGUCCCGGCCACCGCCCUCCUCCUACGGCUUCCAGGGGGCCUCGGAGGCCGGGGUGUCGCUGAAGCGCAAGGCGGCCGACGAAGGCGCCGAGGGCCGCUACCGCAAGUACGCCUUCGAGCCCACCAAGGCCCCGGCGGCCGACGGCGCCUCCUACCCCGCCGCGGACAACGGCGAGUGUCGGGGCAACGGGUUCCGGGCGAAGCCGCCGGGAGCGGCGGAGGAGGCAUCAGGCAAGUACAGUGGCGGCGUCCCCCUCAAGGUCCUGGGCUCCCCCGUCUACGGCCCGCAACUCGAGCCCUUUGAGAAGUUUCCGGAGCGAUCCCCGGCGCCGGCUCCCCGCGGGGGCUUCGCGGUGCCGUCGGGGGAGCCUCCCAAAGGUGUGGACCCGGGGGCCCUGGAGCUGGUGACCAGCAAAAUGGUGGACUGCGGGCCGCCGGUGCAGUGGGCGGACGUGGCGGGCCAGGGCGCGCUCAAGGCGGCGCUGGAGGAGGAGCUGGUGUGGCCCCUGCUGAGGCCGCCCGCCUACCCCGGCAGCCCGCGCCCGCCGCGGACCGUGCUGCUCUUUGGGCCGCGGGGCGCCGGCAAAGCGCUGCUGGGCCGCUGCCUCGCCACACAGCUGGGUGCCGCGCUGCUGCGCCUGCGCGGAGCCACGCUGGCUGCGCCGGGUUCUGCCGAGGGCACGCGCCUCCUCCAGGCCGCCUUCGCGGCUGCGCGCUGCCGCCCGCCCGCGGUGCUCCUUAUCAGCGAGCUGGACGCGCUGCUGUCGGCUCGGGAGGACAGCGCGACCGCCGCGGGCGCGCUGCAGGCGCCGCUCCUGGCCUGCCUGGACGGCGGCUGCGGCGCGGGAGCCGACGGCGUGCUGGUCGUGGGCACCACCUCGCGGCCCGCGGCCCUGGACGAGGCAACUCGCCGGCGCUUCGCUCUCCGCUUCUACGUGACGCUGCCCGACGGCCCGGCCCGCGGGCAGAUCCUGCAGCGGGCGCUGGCCCAGCAGGGCUGCGCGCUGAGCGAGCGGGAGCUGGCGGCCCUGGUGCAGGGCACCCAGGGCUUCUCCGGGGGCGAGUUGGGGCAGCUGUGCCAGCAGGCGGCGGCCGGGGCGGGCCUCCCGGGGCUGCAGCGCCCCCUCUCCUACAAGGACUUGGAGGCGGCGCUGGCCAAGGUGGGCCCUAGGGCCUCGCCCAAGGAGCUGGACUCGUUCGUGGAGUGGGACAAAAUGUACGGCUUCGGACACUGAAGGCGCUCCGUGAGGCCGCGGGAGCCGCCGCCCGCCUCCCCGCCCCUCUGUUUGGGAGGGACGUCUUUAACCCCACCGGGCUGGGGGAUGCGGAGUGAGGGAUAUGGGGUGGGGGAGAGAAGGGGGCUGCCGGUGGAUGUUUUUUUUUCGUGGGAAGGAAAAUGCUUCUGCUAGGCAGAUAGAUGCCGUAUGCGCUGUGUACUCAGGUUUUUCCUAUUUAUUGUGGACGGGAAGCUCGCCAUCUCGGCCCCGCGGACGGAAGGCCCGGGGCCGAAGGAACUCCUGCUCUCUCGCCACAAUCCUUUUGUCUCCUUGCUUUGUGAAUGGCUCCCUCCCCCUCCUCCACUCCCCCUCUCUCUGCGUUCGCGUAGUUUUCUUUCCCCGUCGCUUUGUCACUGACCAUACCUCGUACCACACCGCCCCACCCGCGCUGGCUCUGUUUCUCUUUUGCUCCUCCCUCCCCUGUCUCUCCAUCUAUCACCCUCUGUGCUUCUGUCUCCAUCCCUUGCUCUCCAGCCGCUCGUCUCUUGGUCCCUCUCCCUGCCUUCUGUCCCUCACAUUCAAAGACUGCGGUGUCCCUUUCAGGAGAUCUGGAGGUCUAGGGGCUGAAGAGGAGGGGUAGGGAGUCCCCUCCCACCCCGUAUCCGUCACCCAGCUGAAACCCUGGGUCUGUGGGAGUCAAGAAAAAAAAAAAAAAAAAAAAAGUAAAAAAAACACCCAAAGAAGGGUUUUUUGUUUGUUUGUUUUUGAGGGGGGAAAUCCCAGAAAUGUAGCUUGUUUAAUAUUUUAGGCCUCUUAUUUUUGUAAGAUGUGUAGAAUUUGCUGUUUUUCUUUUUCUUUUGACAACUCAGGAAGAAACUGACCUCAGAAAGAAUGUUAGAUUUUGGCUGCUCUCCUGUGUGUGUCCCCACCCACCCCUUCGCCCCCAGGGAAGCAGAUUCUCCCAGAAGACUCAGAAAGUGAGGCCUUUCUGAGUGGGGAAGGGGAGAGGAAGACCCAGAGGCCACACUUAAACCCCUGUGCUUCUUGGGACAGAAGCAGAAUGUAUUGCUAGGGCUUCCUGCUCAGGUCCAAGGUUGUAGGUGGGGGUGAGGGGGAUUGGGUUGUGGAAUUUGGGAGGAGGUAGGUCUUGUUCCCUUCCUGCUGGGCCCACCCCUCAGCUUAGUGGGGUGUUUUCUGUGGAGGGUUGGUUAUCCAGAGUUGGGAUGCCCUUGUCUACUGCCUGCCCCAGACCCAGAAAGGAGGCUGAGAGGGCCCAAGUGGGAAGAUGACCCAGGCAGAAAGUCCCCAGAGAGGUCAUCCCACCCGGCCCUUGUCUAGGCAGACGUCCCCUGUGGCUUACGCUAAGGAGAUUUCCUUGGGAGGGGAGAUAGUCUGGCCACAAGUGGUUGGGCACAAAACUGACUGCAGACUCCGCCUCCCGGGCCUGCUGGGAGGCCCUGAGGAGGGGUGAAUGAGCAUCCGUUACAGAAGGUUCUGUGGGGACUUGUACUUCUCCUAUUCUCAUAGAGUCCUAGGUCUAGAGCUCCACGGGCUAUGAGAGGGUGAAAGAGAUGGGCAGGCAGUGUUCCCCUGAAUAAACAUUGGGAGUUUAUUCUCAGUCCCACCCAAACUUUCCCCGGAAGCCCAGGCUUGGGCGCCCUCCCUCGUGAGAACCGUAUGCUUCUUGCCACCAACUCUCCUUUGAUGGGGCUUUGGCAGUUUGCCCCUCCCCCUCAGGGAGCCCAUUUCACAACUCUGACCUUUGGUCCAAAGGUGGGGGGGACAAGCUGUCACCCCAACUCUUCUUUCUCCCACCCCAGCCGCCUUUCCUGUUCCUUGCCACCCUUACAGCUCCUGCAGUCUCUGUACCACCUCCCACUACUAGCUGAAAGGAAGUCCGUGGGGGACAUUUCAGGUGCCAGGGUGCUGAGGGCCUGUGCUGGCUUAGGAGUGCUAACAGGAAAGCUGCUCUG